AUGUCCACUGGCGGCAGGUUCAACUUUGAUGAUGGGGGGUCAUACUGCGGAGGGUGGGAAGAGGGCAAGGCGCAUGGCCAUGGCAUUUGUACAGGACCCAAAGGCCAGGGCGAGUACUGCGGGUCCUGGGCCCACGGAUUUGAGCUGCUGGGAGUCUACACUUGGCCCAGCGGGAACACUUACCAAGGAACCUGGGCUCAGGGCAAGAGACAUGGGGUGGGAGUGGAGAACAAGGGCCGCUGGGUGUACAAGGGCGAGUGGACUCAUGGCUUUAAGGGACGCUACGGUCUUCGCGAGAGCACCGGCACGAGCGGCAAGUAUGAGGGCACAUGGAGCAACGGCCUGCAAGACGGAUACGGGACGGAGACCUACUCUGAUGGAGGUACAUUCCAGGGUCAGUGGGUUGGAGGGAUGCGUCAUGGUUACGGCGUUCGACAGAGCGUCCCAUAUGGGAUGGCGGCCGUCAUCCGCUCCCCCCUGCGCACUUCCAUAAACUCCCUGAGGUCCAGUUCAGAGCACAGCAAUGGGGCGGCUCUACUGGACCGGACUGGGACUGUGGUCCCAGUGCCGCCCCCAGGUCCUGGGACCCUCACCACCAGUGUGUCCAUGUGCAGCACUGGGAGCAGCGGCAGCAGCCCCGCAGUGUCCCGCGGAGGCUUUGUCCUGACGGCCCACAGUGAGGCUGAGCUGCUGAAGGGAAAGAGGAAGAGCGGCCUGUUCAGAAGGUCCAUCCUGUCUGGUCUGAAGCUGCGGAAGUCUGAGUCCAGGAGCUCGCUGGCCUCGCAGAGAUCCAAACAGAGCUCUUUCAGGAGCGAGGCGGGAAUGAGCACCGUGUCAUCUGCGGCUUCAGACAUCAACUCCACCAUUAGUCUUGGAGACGGAGACGCAGAGCUGGCAGUUGCAGACGACGAUGUGGAUGCCACAGCGACAGAGACGUACAGCGGCGAGUGGAAGAACGACAAGCGGACAGGCUUUGGGCUGAGCCGCCGCUCUGACGGGCUGCAAUACGAAGGCGAGUGGCUCAGUAACAAGCGGCACGGCUACGGCUGCACCACGUUCCCCGACGGCACCAAAGAAGAAGGCAAGUACAAGCAGAAUGUCCUGGUGAGCGGAAAGAGGAAGAACCUGAUCCCACUACGCGCCUCCAAGAUCAGAGAGAAGGUGGACCGCGCCGUGGAGGGGGCGCAGAAGGCCGCAUACAUCGCCCGGCAGAAAGCGGAGAUCGGCUUGUCCAGGACGGCGCAUGCCCAGGGUAAAUCAGAGGCAGCAAUAGCAGCUGCUCAGAAAGCCCAAGAGGAGAGUCGGAUGGCCAGAGUUACUGCCAAACAGUUUUCCCCUUCAUUCCAGCACCCAGGAAAUGGUAUGGAGGUGCAGCGCCCCAAGCGGCAGGUGUCCAGUGAAAUGGAAGGCGAGGGUUUGUCGAGCAGCGCCGGCACCGCGGACAGCCCCGACAUCUACGUGAAGAGCGGCGCUUCAGAUGACCCGUCGCACGAUGGUGUCACCCCGGACUUGAGCCCGCCCUCCUCCUCUCCCCCCCACACGCCCCCCGCUCCCAUCAGACCGUCCCAGCGCAGCAAGAGUGCCCGCUUCCACAGACAAACUGCAGUGGACCACGGGGACAAGGCCAAAGAGGGAGCCAAUGAGAAGGCCGGGAAUGGACAGACAGAGAUCCAGGUGUUGAUCGAAGGAGGAGGGGAGAACGCCAAAACAAACGAGUACAACAAGGCCAACAGCUGGAGCGAGGACAAGCGCAAAGCCGCACUGUCCAAAGAAAAAGGCGUGAGUGGACGUAUAGUUAACAGGACCAACGGACACAACAAACACUCCAAUAUCAAAACACGAGAACACGGUUUGUCCAAUCACAGACAGGUACGACAAGAGCGGUGGGUGGAGUCCUCCUCCUCUGCUUCUUGGACGUCCGGCGGACACAGAGGCAGAGGUGGACGGCUACUGGAACAAGAUGAGGAAAAAAUCAGUAACUAUGAGAUGGAGAUGAAGCCUUUACAGCCCAGAGACUCCGCGGCUCACAAGGCCCAUGGGCACGUGGAGGAGCGGCCUAACGAGGGCCGCUCUCACACCGUCCCGCGGCACAGGCAUAAGAACCGUGAGACCAGGGAGGGACGAGACACUGGGAAAGAGUCCAAGCAGGACAAUGCACGAACAGGGGACAAGAUGGACUCAAGGCCCCUACGGAGGGACCUCACCUUGUCGCCUCCUCUCAAGUCCUCCCCCAUCACGCCAGAGCAAGACCUGAGCAUUACGCGGAGCAAAGGCAACUCGGCCUACAGCUCUAUCCUGGUCGUCAUGGUGAUCCUGCUCAACAUCGGAGUGGCCAUUUUUUCACUUGAGUAUUGUGAAGACUGCGCAGCCCUGCGGUGUGGACUCAGGGCUCAGGCCAAAGAGAAGUCCCAGCGAGUGGACCACAGGCAGUCCAUCCACCGGUCCAGUCUCAACCCUGACUCUCCUCAGGAUGCAGAUGUCCGCUUCCACUGCAGAGAAUCUAGUGAGUGGAGAAUGGUGGAAGGUCGAAGCUCGAUCCAGAGGGAAGGAGUCUACUGCUGGUUCUCGUCCCUCACGUCGGCUCAGCGGGUAGACUUCUUGUGCGGCCUGCUGGACCUCUGCGUCCCCAUCGAGCUGCGCUUCCUGGGUUCGUGCUUGGAGGACCUGGCGCGUAAGGACUACCACUCGCUCCGGGACGCCGAGAUCAAGGCCAACAACCCCACGGAUCUGUCCGGCCUCACCAACAUCACAGACGAGGUGGUGCGGAGUAAGCUGCUGGUGUCUCUGGCCCUGCUUGGCUCCGACAGCAGGGAGGCGGCGGGGGUCUUGUACCGGACGCUCACGCACAUAGACACGGUUAUAAACAACUAUGGGCUGGCACAGAAUGAUGGCAAGCCUGAGGAGCAGUUCCUCUUGCUCUUCACCAUGGCCUCCAACCACCCGGCCUUCAGCUUCCACCAGAAACAGGUCCUGAGGCAACAGCUGGGUCAGAUUCAAGACAUCCUGCAGGUGAGCAGCAGAGACCCAGCAGCAGCAGCUGCAAGUCCCUCCUCGGACUGUCCUCCUCACCAGGCCUCGCACUCCCCCUCCUCUGUGCCUGAAGACAGCGCCCCCUACCUGUCUCCAGCCUGCCAGCCCUGCCAGCCCUGCCCCACUCCCUGCACCUGCUGGCACAAGGUACACAGCUGUCUCUAUGACUGCGAAUCAGUUCAGUUUGCAGAAGUGUGUUUGAUGGACGAUCCUCUCCCUCCACACCUGUCCUCUCCCUCCACACCUGUCCUCUCCCUCCACAUCCGUCCUCUCCCUCCACAUCUGUCCUCUCCCUCCACAUCUGUCCUCUCCCUCCACAUCCGUCCUCUCCCUCCACAUCUGUCCUCUCCCUCCACAUCCGUCCUCUUCCUCCACACCUGUCCUCUCCCUCCACACCUGUCCUCUCCCUCCACAUCUGUCCUCUCCCUCCACAUCUGUCUUCUCCCUCCACAUCUGUCCUCUCCCUCCACAUCUGUCCUCUCCCUCCACAUCUGUCCUCUCCCUCCACAUCCGUCCUCUCCCUCCACAUCCGUCCUCUCCCUCCACACCUGUCCUCUCCCUCCACAUCUGUCCUCUCCCUCCACAUCUGUCUUCUCCCUCCACAUCUGUCCUCUCCCUCCACAUCUGUCCUCUCCCUCCACAUCUGUCCUCUCCCUCCACAUCCGUCCUCUCCCUCCACAUCUGUCCUCUCCCUCCACAUCCGUCCUCUCCCUCCACACCUGUCCUCUCCCUCCACAUCCGUCCUCUCCCUCCACACCUGUCCUCUCCCUCCACAUCUGUCCUCUCCCUCCACAUCUGUCCUCUCCCUCUACAUCUGUCCUCUCCCUCCACAUCUGUCCUCUCCCUCCACACCCGUCCUCUGCCUGCACACCUGUCCUCUCCCUCCACAUCUGUCCUCUCCCUCCACACCUGUCCUCUCCCUCCACAUCCGUCCUCUUCCUCCACAUCCGUCCUCUUCCUCCACAUCCGUCCUCUCCCUCCACAUCUGUCCUCUCCCUCCACACCUGUCCUCUUCCUCCACAUCCGUCCUCUCCCUGCACACCUGUCCUCUCCCUCCACUUUCCUCCUCUCCCUCCACAUCUGUCCUCUCCCUCCACAUCUGUCCUCUCCCUCCACAUCUGUCCUCUCCCUCCACAUCUGUCCUCUCCCUCCACAUCUGUCCUCUCCCUCCACAUCUGUCCUCUCCCUCCACAUCUGUCCUCUCCCUCCACAUCUGUCCUCUCCCUCCACUUUCCUCCUCUCCCUCCACAUCUGUCCUCUCCCUCCACAUCUGUCCUCUCCCUCCACAUCUGUCCUCUCCCUCCACACCUGUCCUCUCCCUCCACACCUGUCCUCUCCCUCCACAUCUGUCCUCUCCCUCCACAUCUGUCCUCUCCCUCCACACCUGUCCUCCCCGUCCGCAUCCGUCCUCUCCCUCCACACUGUGGUAGAAGUGGGGUUGCCAAUGUCAACAGCCGAGACGUGGUUUCUGCUGCAUGUGUGGAGCAGACCCUCGUCCCUCCUCGUGUGGACGUCCCGCCUCUGUCCCCUCUUCCUCCUGCUCUGCCCACUGCCCACAAACACGACACGGGGAAAACAUCUAAAGUGAUGGUUGAAAGGGUGAUCCUGAGGGGUAUCACACACAAGCCCGAAGAGAGCACAGAGCUAAUAUUUGAGACACAGUGGUCGGAUGGAUUUGUUUCCUCUGUUAUGCGAACUGAACAAGAGGUGACAGAACUGCUUUCACAGCUCUCACAGGUGUUUGCCGAUGAGGAAGUGGAGAAUGUGCCUCUUCAGAGCAUGGAUCCCAGGUGCCUGAGCACUCUGCCCUCACACCUGCUGCAGCACCACAGUGUCCAGUGGUUCUUCUCAGGGUCUCACUCGCCCUCUGCCCCAACUGCAAACGCCGCGACACUCCUGCUCCCGUCACAGACCACUGUUUCUACGGCAACCACCUGUGCACACCCCCCCUGCUCAAAUCCUGGGUUUUUGGUGCAGCACAGAGGCGUCAACAGGGCAAUGUAUAAAGUAGCCAGUGUCUUGCCGGUGGUCAGCUCCCACAGCUCUGUUAUGGCUCGCCCUUCUCUCCCCAUCUUAUCCCUCCCCCCUCCUCUCCCACAGGCCUUCCCUCUCCCCCCUCUGCCUGCAGCCCUCCCCAGCUCAGAUGAGCCCCUCAAACCGGCCUGCUUCCCCCAUCAUCACCCUCAGACUCCCCCCACUCAGCCCUCACCCUUCUCCCAGUCGCUGCCCUUCGCCCAGUUCCAGUCACGUCCAGGCACGUCCCACCUGCCUCCCCCCACACACCCCCAGCCCGGCGGCCCCGACCAGAACGGGAUCCUGGACUGGCUCCGGAAACUGCGGCUGCACAAGUACUACCCCGUCUUCAAGCAGCUGACCAUGGAGGAGUUCUUGGCGUUGACAGAGGAGGACCUCAACAAGUACGACCUUACUCAAGGAGCCAAAAAGAAACUGAAAACACAACUGGAGCUGCAGAAGUCUGUGGACAGGGAGAUGAAACUGGAGAAGAGAUUAUGCGGUGGGAUAGCCAGAGUGACCCCCUCAACGUACGUAGGACCCUCGUCGCUCACCUCGAAUGCAGAGUUGAGGAUCGAAGUCGAGGCAGGAGUUCACCAUUCCCCGGUUUCUACGGACAGCGGCUCGACCUCGGGGUACUCCAGCUCUCCCUGCUCCCCCCGCGGACCCCUCUGCUGGGACUCCAGUUUCGACCGAACCAGGGACUUCCAUCGACGUGUGUCUGGUCCGGACGGCCUCAGCGCCAGCCCAGAGAAAGACCGAUCCACAUUCUACAUGCUGAACUCGAGCUGCCCCGCGGUCUCUACACGUCCCACGGCGCAGGUGUUGCCCGUACAAACCUCCCCUCCUCCGCCUUCCUUCAGUGUCCCACAGAACUCAUUCCCCCCACAGGCCAGUUUCCCCCAACAGACCCUCCUCCCACCGCACGCCAACCCCGCCCGAAUACUUGCCUCCCCACGCAAGCCGAGACCUCCAGAAACUAAACCAAUGGGCUUCGGAGUGGGUUUUGGCGCAGGCUGUGGUGUGAGGCUUGAGACCUUGUUCCCAGGCCUGAGCAUAGAGGGGUCUCUUCCUGUACGACCCCAGGACUCUGCGGUUUGCCGUGGGUUAGUGAGCGGUGCGGUGGGACUCAUGGUAGAGACCAGUUCGGCUUUAACGUCCACAUCCAACAGCCAUCAUCACGUCUCUCACCCCCCAGUGCACUUCCACCUGUCGUCUUCAUCCACCCCCGCGGCCUCUGGAUCCUACUCCUGCCCCCUGGUGUCCUCUUGCACCACCCCAAAGUCGCCCACAGGACUGAUGGCCACCGGGAUCACGAUUCCCAGAACUAACUACUACACAGCAGUCUCCAGCUCCUCCGCAUGCGCUGCAUCGUUAGACUGUGGUGGGUCUGACCACAGCCCCUCUGCGUGCGUCUGCAGCUCGUGUGGUUGCCGGGGUAACUGCGGUGCGUACGGGGCAGUGCCGGGGUACGCCACCGCCGGUUACCUCCAACAGUUCACGCCUGGACCCUCGCUCUUCACUCUGGGACCCCUGCUUCACCUGAGCCCCCUGAUCGCCUCCUCCACCUCUGCGGGUAACGGGCCCUUCCCUUACCCAAUGAUGGCCCCGCCUGUAUACCACCACGGCCCACAGUCACAUGACCAGAGCCACUUCCAAGGCAUGCUGGGGAAUGCGGUCCAGAAGCACGUGGCGAAUGUGUCGUGCUACAACUGCGGUGGCGGCGGGCACAGGGCAGACGAUUGUAAACAGCCGUCCAUGGACUCAGCCCAGCAAGGUUUGUUUCGACUAAAGUACAGCGCUCACAGUGAAACCAAAGACUCUGGGGACUAA